AAAAUAUUAACUUUAGAUCUGAAUUUUGUAGACAAUGUAGAAGCUAAGGUAAACAUGGACAUGAGCACGGUAAACAAAAAUAACAAAAGAUACGUGUACAUGUCGAAGAUGAAGAUAAAUCUCGAUAUCAAAGGAUACACUGCCGAAUAUGGGCUGCAGGAUGCGGAAUUGGGUCGACUGAACCAAAUCAUUGAUACUUUUCUAGGCAGCAAUCAAGAAGAGGUUAUUGCUGCCUUUAAACCGGCAAUUGAAGAAUCAGUUGUCAAACGGAUUCUCUCGCUUUCCAACAGUAUAGUUAAACACUUUACGUUCGACGAGCUUUUCCCAGACCGUAGAAUAAAUGGCCUAAUAAGUUCUUGAAAUAAUUGUCAUAUAAUGAUUAUUUCGUCAUUUGUCUCGUGAUGCACUU